AGAGAGCUCAGAGAGAAGACACUUCCUAAAAAUCCAUUUCACGUUCCAGAGUACAUUCCAGCAAUGCCCCUUCUGUGGGCUUGAAGACAGGCAUGGAGCUGAGAUUCCUGCUGCUGCUGCUGCUGCUGCUCUGCAUCUCAGGAUUCCAGGAACAAGAGUUUGACGCAGUGGAGAGCAGAAUGGAGGGGCAGCGUCUCGUUGUUAAGUGUCUUUACAGUUCCACGGAUUAUAGUGCAACACUGAAAACCUGGUGCCGGCUGAGAGACGAGAAAUGCUCUCCCUUAGUUAGCACCUCUUACCCAUCAUCACGUAGACACCCAACCAAGUUUACCUCUGGAAGAGCCACAAUAGAGGAUGACACCCAUAAUGGGAUUGUAACCAUCACCAUGGAGAAGCUACAGGUGCAGGACUCCGGAGCGUACUGGUGUGCGCGCUUUGAGCCGCCCAAUAUACUGUAUCGACUAACAGCAAUUAAACUGGAUGUUUCCAAGGAAUUCCAAGAAUACGAUGCUAUGGAGGGGCAGAGUCUCUCUGUCCAGUGUCCAUACAACACACAGGAUUACAAAGAGGAGAAGAAAGCCUGGUGCCGAAGGACAGUUCAGAAUGAGUGUGAUGUCUUGGUCAGCACUGAUCACGGGUACUUCACAUAUCAAAACAGGGCUCAGAAAGGCAGAGCCAGGAUACAUGACGACACCCAGAAAGGGAUUGUUACUAUCACCAUGCAGAAACUGCAGGUAGACGAUGCAGGGGUGUACUGGUGUGUGCACUACAAGCCUCCCAGGCUUUACAGAAUAAUUGAAGUUAAACUGGCUGUUACCAAGGCUACAUCUACCAGUGACGUCCCAGUUACCUCAACCACAGGUCACACCAGCCUAAUCUUUAGUGCUGGGGUCAACCCAGCAGACAGCAGCUUCUUGAGUGAGAGAACCGUCAUCAUCGUCAGCGUGGUCCUGGGAGUCCUCUUCAUCCUCGUGCUUCUAGGCUUGGUGAUAUUGUGCACCAGACAGUCCAGGCAGCUGAAGACAAGAGGUGAUGGACAAGCUGAAGGCAUCUAUGAAGAACCCAAGGACGCCACAGUGUCUCAGGGCUUCAGCAACAUGAAUGAUCCCAAGGAUGACAAACAGGAGAUGGCACAAGACCUAAAAUAUGUCACCUUGGUCUUUAAAUCCAGACCCAGUCCCCCGGAAUCUGUCUAUGCCAACAUCACGCCAAGUCAAGCUCUGGAGACACCCCACACCAGGUUCCCCACUGAGCCUGUGGGAUAUGCCAGCAUUUCACUCAAGCCAUUAGCAUCAGGCGCCAAAUCGUGAUCUCAAGAACCCCGACUAGCCCAGCUGUGGAACAGAAGAGAUUGAGCUGAAACACUGCUGGGGGUGAAGCAUGUGUGCAUGCUAGAGAAGAAGUCUUUGCUAUGUUUAUAUUUAACAUGUAUAUUUAAAGACCUGCCUCAGAUCAGAGGCUUGCAGAGAAAUUUAUCACAGGCAAUUGGGCAAAAUGCACCUGCUUUUGGAGAAGAUCAAGAGAACAAAGGAGAAUCCUCGGGGAUCAGGCUGGAGGAAUAUGGCCGGGCAAGACACUUUUUGCAUUGUCAUCUCAAACUCACUCAAACAUUGUAUGUGUAAGAUUCUGACUCAGGUGUUACAGGGUUCAGCUUCCCCUUGGGAAAGUGAGAGAGAAUGAAUGGGGGGUGGAAAUAAA